CUCGCGCCUACAGUGGUGGAAUCGAACGUCCCCGAGCGCACACGGCGUAGAGGAGAGUACGGCGCGCGAGUCUCUGGAAGGAAGAUAACGGUUUCUUUUUGUUGCCCCCUCACCACUCAAACAACAAGAACAAACCAAACCUGCGUUUUUAGGGGGGUUUUUACACAGUCUUCUCAUCACAAGGAGGAGGGAAGCGAGGGAUUGGAGCCGCAAGUUUUUUUUUUAUUUUUUCUUUUCCGUUUUUUUUUUUCUUCUUCUUCUCCUUUUUUUUUUUCUCCCCCUAAAAGAGGAUUCUGUGUUUUCGCGGUGGUUUAUUCUCCGCUUUCGCCGCAAAGAUGAUGGUCGGAGAGGUCGAAGUGAAGGAGCGACCGAGGCCGAGUCCCGACUAUUUGAUGCAAUUAUUAAACGAGAAGAAGCUCAUGACCAGUUUGCCAAAUCUCUGCGGCAUCUUCACACACCUGGAGAGGCUUCUCGAUGAAGAGAUCAACAGAGUGCGUAAAGACAUGUACAGCGACACAGUGAAUGGCCUUGUGGACAGACACCCUCUGGAGCUGCCUGAGCCUAUCGGACCCAUCGUCCACCUGCAGGAAAAACUGUUUGUGCCUGUCAAAGAGUACCCUGAUUAUAACUUCGUGGGGAGAAUUCUUGGCCCUCGGGGACUCACAGCCAAACAGUUGGAAGCAGAGACUGGAUGUAAAAUCAUGGUGCGAGGCAAGAGCUCCAUGAGAGACAAGAAGAAGGAGGAGCAGAACAGAGGAAAGCCAAACUGGGAACACCUAAAUGAAGACCUUCAUGUCCUGAUCACAGUGGAAGAUUCACAGGCCAGAGCUGAGCUCAAGAUGAGGAGAGCAGUGGAGGAGGUCAAGAAGCUCCUCGUACCUGCCGCGGAGGGAGAAGACAAUUUGAAGAAGAUGCAGCUGAUGGAGCUAGCGAUUCUCAAUGGGACAUACAGAGACAACAACAUAAAAACACCCACCCUUGCAUUCUCUCUUGCAGCGGCGGCAGCGGCCGCUCAGGGCCCCCGUCUCAUAGCGGGCCCAACGGGUCAGGUGUUGCCUCCCCAGGCACUCCGACCCCAAACACCAGCUGGGGGCCCCAUCAUGAACCUCAUCCGGCCCACUCAGAUGGCUGCCAUGCUGCCCAAUGGCACCCCCACCCUGGUGCCCCCCACACCGGAUGGCGGGCUUAUCUACACCACCCCUUACGACUACCCUUACGCCCUGGCACCCACCUCCCUGCUGGAGUACCCCAUCGAGCACAGUGGGGUUCUAGGUGCAAUGGCUACUAAAGUGAGACGGCAUGACACGCGGGUCCAUCCUUACCAAAGGAUUGUGACCGCUGACAGAGCCGCCACCGGCAACUAACACAUGACCUUCUGACCUCUGAACUCUUCACCCAAUGACGAGCCGCCCCAAGCCUGCCUGCUGAUCAGUUAACUGGUAAUUGCCUUUUGCUAGCCUCUCGGACGCAAGUGAGAGAGAGAGGCGCCUGCCCGUACAGUUACCCUAACACGUUCUGACAAAAAAAAAAAUAUAAACCAACGCAGAAUCUUCACAGAAACACAACAAAACCCAACAAAGUUGUGUAAUAUUCAUUUUUUCCCUCUGUUCAUUGAGUUCAAUUCCCAUUCUUUCUCUUUCUUUUUCUUCAUGAAUCAUAUACUGGGUGGAUGUGUUUGUGGUAUUACUCAUAAAUCUGCACUGAAUUAUAUAGCAAUAAAGACCCCCAACCCCACCCUGCCCACCCACCCUCCUGUAAUCGCUCUAAUUUGGUGACCUCACUUGUAUAAAUCAAAGUUCAAUAUUUGACGCAAACCAUUUGGUUUUCAGAAUAAUGACAUAAUCCCCCUCAAAUGUAAAAGCCCCUACCUGCUCCCACCCUGUUCCAACACCCACCUAUUGGGAGAGAAAAAGAAAUAGAAGGAAAGAGAACGUACACUCACAUUAACUUGUUUAAUUUCUGUCAUUUUUCACAUGUAGUGCAGUUGUUGAGCUCUAAGAUGUAAUUAUGAGCUGACACAUUCUGGGUGUGCACCUCCAAACAGCUUUCUGUCUGUUUUUAAAAAAAGCAUGGCUGAAAUGAUUGCAAAAGAAGCUUUUUAUGAUUUAUGUGUUUUUUCUUCUGUCUUUUUUUUUUUCUUUGUCUUUUUUUGUUGUUUUGCUUUUGAGUCAUUUUCUCCACUUGAUUUUGGUUUCUCUGAUGUUCAUAUUUGACUAAUUAGCUUUGCUUAAAUUGACUAGCCAAAAUAAGGCAGGUGGUUAUCACUGGAAAACAAAACGCAAUCUGAUGUUUGCAGAAAGUAGGAAAGGGCAAGCUGGGAAGGUCACUAUUUGGGAUGAGGGGUCUCUGUGUGCGUGCGUGUGUGUGUGUGCGUGUGUGUGUUUUUAAUUAAUACUACAAUGAAAGUAGGGUGUGCUGAGGCUUCGGGGACAUUGGAGCAGUACUUAUUAGCUACUGACCAUUGCUACGCCCCCAUCCACACUACAUCCAUUAUACAGUGCCUGAUGUAUUUAGAAAAAUAUCUCAAUGAGUUAGCAGAGCUGUGAUAGAAAAGACAAAAAAAAAGUAUUAAGUGUGCAUAUUUAGCCAAAGGGUUUUUCCAAUGAAUUAUAUAUCUGCAAUUAUGCAUCUGUCUCACAGAGGGCUCUCUUUGUGAUUUUAGAGUUUGGAAAGGUGUGAAUUUGUGGUGCCUGCCUUCAGCUGGAACAGACAGCCAGUCAGUUAGAUGUGUUUUCACCCAUUAAUGCUCUAUUUUUUUUUUUUCUGAAGAGGUGAACGCAGGCAAUUAACACUAAAUCAACAUGCUACUCAAUGACAGUACAUUGCUAGGGGGAAGGGCACUCUGAGGUUCUGUACAUAAAUGCUUUCGUCAUGAUACCUGGCUUCUAUAUUGAGUUGUUUCAUCAGCCACAUUGCCAAAAGAGUGUUUAUUUGUUUGUCAUUUUUUGCAUCUCAACAUUUGGCCAUUUUUUUAAGUGUUUUUUUUUUUUUUUUUAGUUAUAACCCCAGUUAAAUUUCUGUUGGGACAUCAGUUGGGCAUAAUCUGAGCCUUCCUGCAAAUUAGACAACGUAUUUUGUUUGUUUGUGGUGAAACAGGUUAUUUUGAACACAUGACAAACCAUCCAAAAGCGCAUCCACAAUGUGUCACACUUCCCUGGGAUCGCAGUCUAGCUCCUGAGCCCACAAUCUUUUGUUCAACUCUCUCAAGAAAAAUAGGAUGUGAAAGCCAUGCCUGCCUGUUCAAAUUGCUUUAUACAUACGUCUUAUAUAUAUAUAUAAAUAUAUAUAUAAAUAUAUAAAAAUGUAGAUAUCUGUCAUUGCUAAUACAAAUACAGAAGAGAACAAAACAUAGAUAAUUUUACAGGGUGCUGGAGAAGAGAAAAAAAUUGAAAAAUCUAUUUUUGGCAAUUUUAGCUUUUGAUACUUUACUUGCAGUUACAAAAUCAGAAAAAAAUAAAAUAAAAAAAACUUUAAAACAGUAUAGGGGGAAAAACUGAGUGGGUGAGGAUAAAGUGCUGUUAACCUUUUGGAUAUGAUUGGAAAAGGAAGACAAAGACCAAAACAGUCAUAACCCUUGAAAAGCUAGCGCGGAUCAGAAGCGAGACGGACGCCUAGAGAGUUUUAAAAGGAUCAAAUCAAAGUGCCUUAUCAACAGUGGUUUCUGUUUUCUGAGUAUUCCAGUUGUGUUCAAUAAUAUCCAGCACCCACCGAGAUGGCGCAGAGAGGAAUGGCUAGUGUUACACGCUCUGAAUAGUUGAGCAGGGUAGCUCCCACCUUAUCGUGGUGUUACCGAAGUUAUUCUAUGCAAAAAGAAUAGCAGUCGUUUUGACCAGCUAAAAAUAUGUGCCAUGGUUUUGUCUUCCUGAAAUUAUUUUGUUUGUUUCUUUUUCUUUUUCCUUGACUUGAUGGCCCUUUACUCUGCUGUAUGUGCAGGUUUUGUUCUUUUAUUUAGAUUUUAAUGAUCAUAUGAAAUUAUUGUGUUGAUUUUUGGUGACUGUGACUAACUUCCUAGAACAAAUCGAACUGCCAAUAGCAAUGCAGUAUUCUGCCAGAACAUGAUUUGAUCAUGAGCUGAGAAAAAUACAUAAACAUUCAAGGGAACGGAUAUGAGAAGUCGGGGUCGUCCCCGUUGGCAUUAAAGCCCCGUUUGUUUCAACAGCUGCAAACUGAACGCAUCCAGUCCAUGUCUCUCUGUCAAUUUGACAACAAACUAUCAAUACAAUCAUGAGAUUUCUAAUGGACGAAUGAAAUGCUGGAUAAUGAAAGGAGCAACUCUAUUUCACAGCCAAACAGUUUUCAGUUAUUGAAACAACUGACAGUUUAUUGCUGGAAGGUGAAAUAAACCCAUAAUAUUAAAUUGAGGAAUUCUUAGAUCCCAAUAUUACCCUUGGCAGUUUGUUUUUCUAUUCAUAGCUCUUUCAUCAUGCUGUUACACCGAAAGGUCAAUGAAUUUUUCUUUUUCAGUGUUAUUAUUUUAAAUUGAAAUGCAAUAUUAAAGUGGAGCAAGAGAUGGCUAUUCAGCAUUUGACAGUAUUAAGAAAAUUCCCUCUGCAAUGUUACAACUUGCUGUGUCAUUGUGAAAGGCUGGAUAAGUCCAUCAGGUGAAAGGUUAACUCUAUACCUACCGUAUUCUCUCUGGCCUGCCUACUACAUGUAUGAUAAUGUAAUUAACAGCCAUUGUUACAGGUUUAUAAUGUAUUUUUCUAAUCUCAUUUUAUAUGUAUAUUAAUCAUGUUUCUGAGUGCUUUUUUUUUAUGAAA